ACGCUGAAGCGUUCGUGGCUCUCUGAAGACGUGCUACGCGAUAUUGGCGAGACGAUAGAUCGAAUCAUCGACAACGCCGAUGACGAUUACGUGCUUUACACUCUGUGUGAGUUUUUGGCGAUGGACCUCGUUACCACGUUCCAUGACUCGAUAUUUGGAGAUAUACAGACAGACGACUUUGGAUGGUUUAGAGAGAUUGCGCUGAUGCACGAACGGGCCAGAAUCCACCAGUUUGUCCAUUCCGAGUUCCAGUGUUGUAUAUGUCUUGACCAAGUUGAGGGCUCAAAAGGUGUGCUACUGCACUGUGACCAUUCGCUAUGCAAGCAUUGUUUGGGUGAACUUGUGCAAAGAUCGCUGGAUCAUGAUUUAACAAGGCUGCAAUGCCCCAGCUGUCCUACAGAAGUUCUCAAGGAUCAUACCUCUUUAACGAUUCAUGAAGUCAAAAGGAUCAUGUUCAAGGAGACAUUGUCCAGAGACGAUCUCCUGAAUGUCAUGUCACCAAGCGAAUAUGAAGAGUACCAUAAAAAGAGACUGAUAACACUGUUUGAAAGGUAUCAUGCGAUGUAUCCGUUGAAUUCAUCCCAAUGCCCAAGAUGUCUAUCAUGGUCAUUCCACGACGAUGUUGAAGAUCAACUGAUGAGAUGCGCCAGUUGUAAACUUGCAUACUGUUUCGACUGCAAGCAUAGCUGGCAUGGAACUAUCAACAGCUGUGGUAAGCCCUUGAACAUUGUUCCAGUAGAUUUGGUUGAGAAUUUCGUGGAUGAUGGCCAACCUGAAUCUCAACUAAACAGGCUAAAUACCAUAUAUGGUGCAAGGUCUGUGAAGUUAGCCAUACAGGAUGUUUUAGAUAAAAGGGAAAUGACACUAUUGGUACAAGCAAGCGAUGACAUGGUGCAAUGUCCUAGAUGUGGAAUCGCAGUGACAAAGACUGACGGGUGUAACAAGAUGCAGUGUAAACUGUGUAAACAGAACUUCUGCUUCCUGUGUGGAUUAGACCUGUUCAAGGAGGAUCCAUAUCUACACUUCAACGAUUAUAGAUCACCGUGUUACGGCCGACUGUUUGAAGGGUUG